AUGCUGCACCUCACCACCCGAACCGCUCGUUCCUCCCUCGCCUCCCUCACCCUCUACCCCUCCUCCACCGUCCGCCCUCUCUCCUACUUGACCUCCCAAACCCAUGCCCGAGGCUGCGGAUGUGCGCGCUGCGCCCCUCGAACGAUUUCCCAACCCACCCUCAUCCGACCCCGAUCAACGCCUACACCUCUCACCCAACCGACACCUUCCACUUCUCGAGCUCUAUCUUCGAUCGCUUCUGCGGCUCUGCACCCCAAGGGUUGUGGAUGCGCGAGAUGUGCACCUCGUUCGUCCAGUAGUUCGACCUUGGUUUCACCCAUCGUCAGGCCCGGAGCGACGACGGCCACCUCCGCGGGUUUGGGGUCGGAUAUGCAGAAGAGGGGUAUGAAGGUUCGAAGUUCGGUCAAGCGAUUCUGGUCAGUUUUGAUUUCGAUCACGACGUCGCCAGCUCUUCGGAGGGGUACGCCUCCGGAACGGACCCUUCAUUGA